AUGUCCAGGAACGAUGCUACUGUUACUCUCGCUAUUGGUGCUACACCAACGGGGUCGCGCCUCCAAUGUUUCAAGCACCCUGAACGCUCGUCAUGUUUCAAAAAUAGCCAUGGCAUCAAGAUGCCGUGGUCCCGAUUCCUGAGGUGGGGUGCUUCACUUCCAAUCUCAUUCGUGGAUGACGAGGAUACAGAUUCAGACGAGUAUAUUUCGUCUGAGUCGUACUGGUCCCUCAUGCAUGCCUCGUGGGCUGUUAUCUGUCGUUAUUAUGUACACGUUUACAAUGUACAGUCUGGAUCUAACAUUAGUAUUUGUACUUCCGCGGCUCGGAGGCGAGUGUACACCUCAUGUUAUAAGCCUGCCCUCCGCGCUGAAACAAUUCUUAUUGCUCAGCCCCGUUACUACCAUUUACCUUUCUUCAUGGAUCCUUCGAAAAUAAAAGAGAAGAUCGUUCGCUUUCGAAUCCUCAUCAUAGGAACAUGGAAUGCAGGAAAAACAAGAGAGCACCCAGAAAUAUUCAACAGCGCUGAGGAAAAGUGCGGAGAGCACGACAUCGAGAACGAAAUGGUGUUUCGAACCAACCCAGGAUUCAUCUUUCACGAUUCGCGCGGUUUUGAAGCAGGCGGCGAAUCCGAGUAUGACAAGGUGAACACAUUUAUCAAAGCGCGUUUGAAAGAAAUAAAGGAUCGAAUUCACACUAUAUGGUACUGCAUACCAAUGGAUCAGGCAAGUAGGUAUUUCACCAAAGGCGAAGUCAAAUUCUCCCCUCGCUGCAACACCGGAAGCAGUAAGCUUUUGCAUCUCCGAGACGGUGGCGAGACCUACAUGCUUAAUUCAGCUCCCCAGUAUCCGCAGUCCAAUUGCAAGUUCAUUAAGGUCAGUUACACUAUAUGUAGACACGUGGAUAAUCCCCAACGUCAGUGA